CUUACCAAUCAGUUUUUGGACUUCCACUGUCUCAUCCUCUGAAUCCUUCUUCUCUCUCUCCAUCACCUCUCAACCCCUUUAUAAACCUCUUCCCAUACCAUUCAUUCUCCCUCACCACACAACAAACCACAACUCAAUAAUAAUAUACACAAACCUAACUAUAUAUUAUAUUUUGCUGAUCUCUUUCUCUUAAACACCUAACUUAAUUAUACCAUGGAUUUGAUGGACAUGGAUGCCAUCAAUGACCUCCACUUCUCUGGACACAGCUCCCUCACCAACACCCCUACUUCCGACGAGGAUUAUGGUUGCACCUGGAACCACUGGUCUCCCAUCGUCAACUGGGACACCUUUACAGGUGCCCCAGAUGACUUUCACCACCUCAUGGACACCAUCAUCGAGGACAGAACAACUGUCCUCGAACAGCUCAGUCCAUCUAUCACCACAACCACCACCACCACCACAACCACGGAUGAGGAAGAAGAAGAAAUGGAAACAACAACCACAACAACAACAACGGCAAUAAAAACGCAUGAAGUUGGUGAUGAUUCAAAAGGGCUAAAACUAGUGCACCUAUUGAUGGCUGGCGCGGAAGCCUUAACCGGUUCAACCAAAAACCGUGACUUAGCUCGAGUGAUAUUGAUCCGGCUCAAGGAAUUAGUCUCACAACAUGCUAACGGCUCCAACAUGGAGAGACUUGCCGCUCAUUUCACCGAAGCCCUUCAUGGACUACUAGAAGGUGCUGGGGGUGCGCAUAAUAACCACCAUCACCACAACAACAACAAACAUUACCUCACCACAAAUGGUCCCCACGACAACCAAAACGACACACUUGCUGCUUUCCAACUACUUCAAGACAUGUCACCUUACGUCAAAUUCGGCCACUUCACAGCCAAUCAAGCCAUCAUCGAAGCCGUGGCCCACGAACGCCGCGUCCAUGUCAUCGACUACGAUAUCAUGGAAGGGGUCCAAUGGGCCUCAUUAAUCCAAUCACUUGCUUCCAACAACAACGGUCCACAUCUUCGGAUAACCGCAUUAUCGCGGACAGGAACCGGCCGGAGGUCAAUCGCCACCGUACAAGAAACCGGCAGGCGAUUAACCUCCUUUGCCGCUUCCCUCGGACAACCAUUUUCUUUUCAUCACUGCAGAUUAGACUCCGAUGAAACUUUCCGUCCUUCUGCAUUAAAGCUUGUACGUGGAGAGGCUUUGGUUUUCAACUGCAUGCUGAAUUUACCUCACCUUAGUUACCGUGCACCGGAAUCAGUUGCUUCGUUUUUAAACGGAGCAAAAACGUUGAAUCCAAAGCUUGUGACGUUGGUUGAAGAAGAAGUUGGUUCUGUUAUUGGUGGGUUUGUGGAAAGGUUCAUGGACUCACUUCAUCAUUAUUCAGCGGUUUUUGAUUCAUUGGAGGCUGGUUUUCCGAUGCAGAACCGGGCCCGGACUUUGGUGGAGAGGGUAUUUUUUGGGCCUAGAAUUGCAGGCUCGUUGGGCCGGAUAUAUAGAACGGGUGGUGAAGAGGAGAGAAGGUCAUGGGGGGAGUGGUUAGGUGAGGUAGGGUUUAGGGGAGUUCCGGUGAGCUUUGCAAAUCAUUGUCAAGCAAAGCUGUUGUUAGGGCUUUUUAAUGAUGGGUAUAGGGUUGAAGAGGUGGGUGUGGGUAGUAAUAAGUUGGUGUUGGAUUGGAAAUCAAGACGUUUGCUUUCUGCUUCCCUUUGGACUUGUUCUUCUUCAGAUUCUGAUUUAUAGGAUGCUGAUUAAUUAAGUGCUAAUCUAUACUAGCUAAACAAUCAAUUAUUCAUGCCAUGUGCCUUUCUAAUUGUUUUUUAUUUACUGACCCUCUAAAAAUGGAAACAAUUAUUGGUUUAAUGUCUCAUGUUAAGUUCCACUUAUGGUAGUUUUUUGAUCGUUGAAGGAUCUUAAAUUUUGUUGACAAAUGUGACUGAUGUCUGAUUGUGUGUGCGUUUUGGUUUGUAAUAAAAAAUUCUCACAUGAAA